AAGAAAAAAGGCGGGUGAAUUUUAGAGUGAACGACAGACAUGAAAUGUCGCAAGCACUCUUAACCGUCCUUCCUUCAAAGCUCCCUCCAAACGCGCUCUAAAUAUUAAUAUUAAUAUAAGAACCAUUUUUUUUUUAACUUUUAUUUUCCUUUCUCUCUCUCUGCAACCAACCGAUAGAUACAUUAGCGAUUCCUUUCUCUACGAAACAACCGAAGAAGAAGAACAAGAACAAGAAGAAUUCUCUUCAGCUUCAAUUCUGAAAAAUGCGAUUCGCAAAUCUCGAUGACACUCCAAUGUUCCGCCAACAGCUCCAGUGCUUGGAGGAAAGUGCAGAAUCAUUGCGCGCUAGAUGCUGCAAAUUCUACAAAGGAUGCCGAAAGUACACGGAAGGGCUUGGAGAGGCAUAUGAUGGAGACAUUGCUUUCGCAAGUGCCAUAGAAAAUUUUGGAGGAGGGCAUAGCGAUCCUAAUUUUGUUGCUUUGGGAGGACCUGUUAUGACCAAAUUUACUAUUGCUUUGAGAGAAAUCAGUACAUACAAGGAACUUCUUCGGUCACAAGUAGAACACAUGCUCAAUGGUCGGUUACUACCCAUUGUCAAUGUUGACAUCCAUGAAGUCAAGGAAGCUCGUAAGCGUUUUGAUAAAGCUGCCCUUGUAUAUGACCAGGCACGUGAGAAGUUCAUGUCACUGAGAAAAAGCACUAAGAUUGAUAUUGCCACUGUCAUAGAAGAGGAAUUGCAAGAUGCAAGAGCAUCGUUUGAGGAGGCCCGUUUCAAUCUGGUCGGUGCUCUUAAUAAUAUUGAGGUCAAGAAGAGAUUUGAAUUUUUAGAGGCUGUCGCUGGGAUUAUGGACGGUCAUCUCCGAUACUUUCAACAGGGGUAUCAGCUAUUACAUCAGAUGGAGCCUUUCAUUAGCGAGGUUAUGGAUUAUGCACAUCAAUCUAGAGAAAGUUACAAUAAGGAGCAGAUUGCACUGUAUAAAAGAAUGCAAGACUACAAAAGACAAGUUUAUCAAGAAAGUAGAUUGUCCUUAAAUGGCCCUUACGGUUCUCCUAGUGGAGACUCUGCGCAUCCGUUUUCUAGGAUAUCAAAUGAAGUGGUAGAUGUAGUAAUGGAAUCUGCUGCCAAUGGAAAGGUUCAAAUCAUUCGACAAGGAUAUCUUUCAAAACGAUCGUCCAAUUUGAGAGGUGACUGGAAAAGAAGGUAUUUUGUUCUUGAUAGUCGAGGAAUGUUGUACUAUUACCGCAAACCAUGGAACGCAUCACAUGGCAGCAAUCAACCAUCUCCAAAAAGGAAUAAUGGUGGUGAAAAUGGUUCUGGACUUCUUAGUCGAUGGCUUUCUUCUCAUUACCAUGGGGGUGUCCAUGAUGAAAAAUCUAUAGCACGUCAUACAGUAAACUUGCUGACAUCAACAAUCAAGGUUGAUGCCGAUCAGUCAGAUUUAAGAUUCUGCUUCAGGAUUAUUUCACCAUCAAAAAACUAUACGUUGCAGGCAGAAAAUGCAUUGGACCAGAUGGAUUGGAUGGAAAAGAUAAAUGGAGUAAUUGCCUCCUUGUUGAGUGUCCAGACACUGGGAUCACCUCAAUCAGAGAACUGUGAUUCUUACAACGACAAAAUCGAUAAGUUGAAAAGUUCUCCAGAUGAUGAUUGCUCAGUAACUACGAAACCUGCAUCCAAGAAUUCUACCCCUAACAAUCACUUACGUGCAUCUAGAAGUUUGCAUUUGCAUAGACACAAUAUAAAAGGUGAAAAGCCAAUUGAUGUUCUUAGAAGGGUGAGCGGGAAUGACAAAUGUGCUGAUUGUGGUAAACCUGAACCAGACUGGGCUUCCUUAAACCUUGGCAUCCUUAUAUGCAUUGAAUGUUCUGGUGUUCACCGUAAUCUUGGAGUACAUAUAUCAAAAGUAAGAUCACUGACACUUGAUGUCAAAGUCUGGGAUCCCUCUGUUUUAAGUAUGUUCAAGUCACUAGGCAAUCUUUUUGCAAACUCAGUUUGGGAAGAGCUGUUGAAUUCAACAAGUACCUUGCAAAUUGUUGAUGCCCCUGCUGAUUUGUCCAAGGAGAACAGAGAUGAGCUAUUUCAUGCAAGAAAACCAAAACAUGACGAUGCUAUUUCAUUAAAGGAGAGGUUCAUUCACGCAAAGUAUUCCGAGAAAAAAUUUAUUCGCCACACAGAGAAAAACCACCCUCUCCUUUCACUGGCACAACAGGUACGGGAAAGCAUCUGUGCCAAUGACAAGAAAGCAGUGUACCAGCAUAUUGUCAUGUCGGAUGUGGAUCUCAAUGCCAUCAGUCGGCAAGCAUUGUCUGGUGACUCUUUAAACAUGGCUUCUUCAAGUAAUUUAAACAUUUCAUCUCAAAGUGGAAAUCAGCUCAUUGAGGACAUACAAAAUGGCUCUAGCGUGCUUCACCUGGCGUGCCUAACUGGUGACAUUGGCAUGAUGGAGCUGCUCCUACAGCAUGGGGUAGAUAUAAAUGCUUGUGAUUCAAGAGGCCAGACACCACUACAUUAUUGUAUUAUUAGAGGGAAGACCGCAGCUGCUAAUGUGCUUAUCAUGCGGGGGGCCAAUAUACAUGUCGCAGAUAAAGAAGGCAACACUCCUCUUAAGCUCGCAUCAGAAUCUGGCCGUGUUGACAACGAAAUUCUCACUAUUUUGGCAAGCAGAUUACAUUCCCAAAGCGUUGCUAUAAGCAGUCAAUAAAUCCAUGUUUCAGAUUGAAAUACCACUAGUUUGUGACUUGUCGACAAAAUUGAGGACCAACUAACUAGUCAUGCGUAGAGUAUUAACUAUAGCGCGAUGGAAGGUGUAGCUUGCAGUUUGGUUUUAUCGGGUCAUGUUGUAUAUUAUUAUCUUCUUAAUUGAAGGAGUUGUGGAGUUGCACGUCUAUUCCAAUGUUCAACUUUGCAGCCCCCCUCCAUCCUCUUUAAAUUUUUGGGACGGGAAUCAUAAACAUUUAUUCCAAGGACUGUAUAUAAGUUACUUUAAUGAUUAUGCAGCACGAUGCAAGUUCCUUACCGAAACAAGAAAAAGAAAAAACAGUAGACAAAAUAACAAAAAGAAAAGAGAGUAUAAAAUAUGGAUCUAAAGUAUGGCCCAGUUAAGAAGAGAAAUAUUAGGGACGACGUUCCCAAAACGUGGAUCAUAAUUAAGUUGUUGAUUAUGACAGAAUCGUUAGGUUCAAUGUUUCAUUAGGUAGUAACAUAUAAACUCAUUAGUUUUUAAUUUGGACUAGUCUUGGCGAU